AUGGCAUCAGUGUCGCCUGACCACGGCUUAGCUGCACUGUUACCUCCAUUCGCCCAGUCAGCUUCACCUACACUUGCAUCUCUGCAGAGGGAAGAAGCUCAAAGGAAAGGGAGAAUUGUGGCAGUGGAAGGAAACAUUGGCUGUGGCAAGAGCACAUUCUUGAACUACUUCCGCAAAUACAACAAUGUUCAAGUAUUUGAAGAACCCGUGGACAAGUGGAAAGAUGUCAUGGGUUACAAUGCUUUGGAUAUGUUGUACAAAGACACCCAACGAUGGAGUUGUCCCUUUGAAUUCCUGGUGACCUUGUCCUUGAUGGAGAAUCACCGAGCUGCCCAGGGUCAGCCUGGUGUCCAGCUCCUGGAGCGUUCUAUUUACAGCACCAGGCACUGCUUCAUGGAGUACCUCCGCAGCCAGGGUCAGCUUCAUUCACUGGACCAUGGGAUACUGACUGACUGGCACACCUGGCUGCAACAGGACGAGCAUGUGCAUGUGGACCUGAUAGUUUACCUGAGGGCAACACCAGAAGUCUGUGCACACAGGAUGUGGCUUCGCAGCAGGGCUGAAGAAUCAGACAUCCCAUUGGAAUAUUUGAGGGCCUUGCAUGAGCUGCAUGAUGACUGGCUGUUGCACAGGAAACGAGGAGAGUUGCCCGCCCCUGUGCUGGUUCUAGACGCCAAUAAAAAUCUGCAAGACUUACAGAGAGACAUUGAUGCUGCCAGCCAAGACAUUAUACUUGGUCACCCCAUGAGGUGA